AUGCACGAUCGCAUCACAGCAGAUACGCAGGCUGUUACACACGUCGCCUUUUUGUCCAUGGGCAAGGCAUGGCAUGCAUCCCAACAGUUUCCCUGGGAGGGCGCUCGCUACGUCGGCGGCAUCGAGAACGUCAAGAUCAACCUUAUGCUGCGCAUCUACGCACAAAAGUGGCACGUCUAUGCCGGUCUCGCAAUCAUGAACCCAGAAGCGCGCCGGCAGAUCGCACAGUACGCAGCGAGCACAACGGAACUCUACAAACUGAUGCUCGAGGGACGCGCCGACGAGCUACGGAAGCGCGUGUACCGUGCCAGAGACAAGGUCUUUGGUACGGACGGGCAUCCCAUGUGGGAGGAGAAGCCGAUGCUUGACGACGGCUUGCUGGACGGUUUCGGCCUCGGCGAGCGGCCGGAGCACAUCCUGCCGAACAACCACCUGAGUCUGCUGGCCAUGGUUGACUGUUGGAGCGAGCUCGGCAUUGUGCCCUACGACCAUAUGCUUUGCUCAACGCCGCUCUUCCGGCUGCGGUUGGGUGUAGCUGAGAUCGUCUUCCGCGACACUGCGAAACUGGACGAGACUUUACGUGUCGCCAUCGAAGAUAAUACAUUCCGCUCGGACGACCUCGAGUUCACGUUUGCUGCCCGCGGCUGGGCCGAAUGUGUCAGCCUUGGCCAUUUCGAGACGUGGAAGGAGCGGUUUGUGGUCACCCAGAACUUCUUCAAACCCCGGUUUCCCGAGGCGACCAAGGUUGGCAACGCGAUGAUGAAGGCGCUGCUGGACAGCAGGAAAUGA